AUGUCAACAAAUAAAAAAAUAAAAACAGAUAAUAAUAAUAAAAAAUUACAAGAUAUUAUUGAUUUUGAAAUUUUAAAAUCUAUAAUUAAUUAUUUAUUAAUCAACAAAAAAAAUAAUAAUAAUAAUAAUAAUACUAGUAAUCAAUAUAAAAUUAAUAAAUUUUAUUUUAAUAUAAAUGAAAUAUUAAAUUAUAUAUUAGUUUCAAAAAAGUGGUAUAAUUUUAUAUCAUUAACAAUAUCAAAUAAUAUUAUUAAUAAUAAAUCAUUUGAACAUUGUUUAAAAAUUAAUUAUAAUAAUAAUAAUAAAUCAUUUAUUGAAAAUUAUAAUAAUCAAAAUCAAUAUGAUAAAAAUUAUUUAAUUUUUAAAAACAAAGAUAAUAACCAAUAUAAAAUUAGUUUUAAUAAAGAGUUUACAAUUAUAAAAAUCAAAGAAUCAAUAAUUGAAGAUUAUUUUAAAUUCAAUUUAUUUUUACAUAAGUUUGAAUUUGAAGAUUUUAAAGAAAUUAAAAAUAAAUUUGAAAAUAAUCAAUUACUUUAUAAUAGAAUUGUAGUUAAUGUUGAUACUGAUUAUAUGUGUGAAGAUGAUACUUUAUUAAGAAUACAGAAAUAUAUAUCAAAUGAGAAUCCAGAAAUCAUAUCAAAUUUAUUUAAAAUAUUAGAAUUAAAUUUUGGUUUUUGGUUGGAAAAUGGUUAUCGUCCAGAUUCUGAAGAGGAUGAGGAGGAGGGGGAGGAUGAUGAUGAUGAUACUGAUGAUAAAGGUAAUAAGAAAUGUACCACUGAAUUAUAUUUAAAUAAUAUAUCAAUUGAUGGUUUUUGUAUAGAUGAUGGUGAAGAUAAUGAAACAGUAAAGAUAUUCAAAAUUUUAAAAGGUAGAAAUUUAAUUUAUAGGGGAUCUGAUGUUGAAAGUGAUAGUCCGACACAUGUCAAUUAUUCAGCAUUAUUUGAUCCAGACAAUUCAGGCCAACAAGUUGAAUCAAUUAAAGUAAAAAAUGAGUCUGAUAAUGAAGAAUUUGUUGAAGCACGUCAUUUAAUCAAAGUUCAUCAAUUUGAAAAUUUACAUUCAAUUACAAUACCAAUUAAUUCAUUUCAAAUAUUAUCAAACUUAUCUGAAGAAAUGGGAUUUUAUUCGUUAUAUCGUAAUAAUGCAGAUUCAGGUAAUUCAGAAAAUAUGAAAUCAGAAUUAAAUCAAAUGAUCAAUUCAUUAAUUACAUGUAAAUCUUUAAAGAAUUUAAAUUUAUCAUGUGCAAAAUAUAUAAGCUUUAGUUUUGAUGAUUUUUCUCGUUUUGAUCAAAUUUUUGCUAAUCAAAUAAAUGAAACUAUAGAAUCAUAUUCAAAUUCCUUUAAACCAUUAUUUUCAGAAUUAAAUACAUCAAUUGAAAGAAUUGAAUUUGAUUGUAUGGGUUUAUUAAAUAUCAAUACAUUUUCAAAUUUAUUAAAUAAUAAAUCAAUUAAAUAUUUAUAUUUGUAUGGUAAUAGUGAUUUCAUUGUUUACUCAUCAAAACAAACUGGUGAUAAUGGUGGUGGUGGUGAUGAUGAUAUUAAUGAAUUACAUAAAGAACUUAUUUCAACUAAUCAAUAUUUAUUUGAUAAUAUAUUUUCAUCACCAUUAACAUCAAUUAGACAUUAUAAAAUUAAAUUCAUAGAAUCAAAACAAAUAAAAUUCAUAUUUAAUUUAAUAUUAAAUAAUAUUUUUAAAUUACAAUUAUAUUCAUUAAUAUUCGAAUUCAAUGAAAACGAAAUAGUUGGUGAAUUUGUUAAAGAGUAUAAAGAUUUAAUAAAUAAUAUUUCAACACAACAAAAACAAGAACAAAAAUCAAAUAACAUAAAUUUAAAAGAAAUUAAAAUUAAAAUUAAAGAUGAUAAAUAUAUUCAAGAAUUAAAUAAUAUUAAUAAUCCAUAUUUCUCAACAGUAAUAAAGAAAAUGGCUUGA